AUGACUUACCCAGGCUUCAGCUGUCAGCUACUGCUCUUAUUUCUUGGGCCUGGCUUCAGUUUGGGUGCUGCUCUCCAUUUAGUGCAUUGUGCCCCUUGUACUGAAGAAAAGCUCAGGCUGUGCCCACCACUGUCUGCCAACUGCCCAGAAAUAUCCCGCCAACCAGGCUGCAGUUGCUGUCAUAGCUGUGCCCUUCAGCUGGGGGAGCCUUGUGGAAUAUACACAGCACGGUGUAGCUGGGGGCUUAGUUGCCAGGUACAGGUAUAUCAAGCUCGACCCCUUUAUGUUCUCACUCAGGGGCAAGGUUCUUGCCUCCCCAUUGCUGAUAGGACAGAAACUGCAGAAUCUGUGGAAGCAGAAGAUAUGCCCACUGAAGGUGGUGAAAUAACAGCAGAUCACUUGGUGAACUAUGAGGUGGUGUUUUCAGCUGAUCAAGAUAAAUCUGUCUCAUGGGCUGCUAAUAACAUUUAUGAAAGUUUGAGAGCAAAGAAAGUUGCUGAACUUAAGAAGUGGAAGGAACAGGGACCGUGUCAAGAAGAACUGUACAAGGCACUGGAUAAGUUGGCAAAAGCUCAACAAACCACUGGAGGACAGUUAUACAGAUUUUAUUUACCCAACUGUAAUAAAAAUGGAUUUUAUCAUAGUAAGCAGUGUGAAACUUCACUUGAUGGAAAUCCUGCAAAUUGCUGGUGUGUGUAUCCAAAGAAUGGAAAGAGGAUUCCUGAAUCUCCCGAAAUGAUGGGCAAUCCUGGAUGUGAACAAUUUAUUAGCCCACAAAACUAA